GGAAGUGGAUCCUCAUUCUACGUCAAUGCAACAGGCUCCAACUGGUGCGAGUGUCCUCGCUUCUGGGAGUGCGGCAAAUAACGUAGUGACUAUGGUCGGAGACGUCAUGGGAGCACCGGGAUCCAGCGGAUCACCUGCUUUUCCUACGGAGUUCGAGCAAGCAGCUGACCGAAUGGUGGAGUAUUAUUUGACAGCGUACUCGUAUCUGUUGUUACAGCUCAUUGCGGGAGCCGCGGCUUUGGUGUUAUCUUAUAUUAAGGGUGUUAUCUUAUAUUACAUGUCCCACAACCAACCAUUUCUCACUCUUUUUCCAGUAGGAAAGAGGUGAGGGAUGUUCUGAAGAAUGUAAUGCUGCAACCUUUAAUGAUACCCAAG